UUCAGUAAACAUGAACUUCUUCUUUGUUUGGACGGUCUUCGUGGUGCUGGUGGCCGGGACUCAGGUGGAGAGCUCCGGGGUACCGGGGCUGAAGGUGUUCCCGGAGGUUGACUCCUCGUGUGCAGCAGCGGUGAGAGCCGCUAUCGAAGAAUACCGUGUUCUUUACGAGGGACAACUUAAAGAACCACCGAAGAUGACUGAUCCAAUGAUGACCAGCUCAGGAAUAGCCUUUAACGACACCAUUAAGACGAUAGAAAGGAAAGUCUUUAAUAAUACCGAUGAAACGGGGCAAGAAACCGGAAAAAAGACAGUUGUUAAGAAGACGACAGAAAUUGACGUAAAACCCAACGGAACUGUAUCAAAGACUUCGGAAACCACGAUUGAUGUAGAUGAGGACGGUAAACAACGGGGUGAAAAAUCUGUGACCGAGAGUGAAACAGUGAAAACCGAAUCAAAACGAACAGAGCAAAGAAAAGAGAUUGUGCCCAGCAAUAUAACGAAUGAAGUUGUUGUGAAAGAGAAGGAAGAACUUCUACCUUCACAGGAUAGUACGAAAGUGACAUCUGUGGAGGAGAGGAAUGUUACAGAGAAGGAUGAUGGACUUCAUGAGGCAGAACGAACAGAGCAAAGAAAGGAGAUUCUGCCCAGCAAUAUAACGAAUGAAGUUGUUGUGAAAGAGAAAGAAGAACUUCUACCUUCACAGGAAAGCACGAAAGUGACAUCUGUGGAGAAGAAGAAUAUUACAGAGAAGAGUGAUGGAAAAGAUGUCGAGAAAGAAACUGUAAUUCAAAAAGAAGUCGAAAAGAAUGUGUGUAAUAGCGACAUCAAAGAGGCUCGUAACGAAAAACAUCUUAAUGAAACAAUUGAUGACUUGAAACACCAAGUUGAUGACGUGAAAAACAAGAUGAAGGAAGAAAAAGCAAAGGCUGAAGAAACAAAUACUACGCCUAUCACUCAGGACGGUAAAGUCGUUGAAAAGACAGUCCCUGCUGUGACGCCGGCGAAGGUUGUUAGAAAGGAUGUGCCCUCGGUGGGAGAAGGAAAAGACUCCGUUGUGACUCGAGCUGUUAAACCCGUUACCCCUUCGGUGGUAGCAGAAAAGGUCCCCGUUGUGACAAAUCAGACCGUUGCUGAAAAGAUUCCCUCUACGGUGACGGAAGGAAAAGUCCACGUUGUUAAAGAAGAGAAAGUUAUUGAAAAGGUUGUGCCCUCGGUGACGGAAGAAAAACUCCCCGUUGUGACAAAGGAGAAGGUUGUUGAGCAGGCUGCCCCUUCGGUGACACAGGAGAUCGUAAGUGUCUCUAAGGAGCAAGCAGAACUUCCUCUCGCGGCAGAGGAGAAGAAGGUUAUUGAAAAGAUUAUCCCCUCGGUGACAGAAGGAAAAGUUCCGGUAUUCCUUCAACAGGAGGUUGUUGAAAAAGUUGCCCCUUCGACGACAGAAGAAAAAGUUCCUGUUGUGACACAAGAAAGGGUUAUUGAGCAGAAUGUCCCACAAGAAAGGGUUAUUGAACAGUCUGUCCCACAAGAAAGGGUUAUUGAAAGGGCUGUCCCACAAGAAAGGGCUAUUGAACAGGCCGCCCCUACGGCGACAGAAGAAAAAGUUCCUGUUGUGACAUUAGAAAGGGUUAUUGAACAGAAUGUCCCACAAGAAAGGGUUAUUGAACAGAAUGUCCCACAAGAAAGGGUUAUUGAACAGAAUGCCCCACAAGAAAGGGUUAUUGAACAGAAUGCCCCACAAGAAAGGGUUAUUGAACAGAAUGCCCCACAAGAAAGGGUUAUUGAAAGGGUUGCCCCACAAGAAAGGGAUUUUGAACAGAAUGCCCCACAAGAAAGGGUUACUGAACAGAAUGUUCCACAAGAAAGGGUUAUUGAAAGGGUUGCCCCACAAGAAAGGGCUAUUGAACAGGCUGCCCCUACGGCGACAGAAGGAAAAGUUCCUGUUGUGAUAAAAAAGAAGGUUACUGAACAGGCUGCCCCUUCGGUUACAGAAGAGAUUGUCACUGUUUCUAAAGAGAAAGAAGAAGUCCCUGUUGUAACAGAGGAAAAGGUUCCCGCUGUGAGAAAUGAGACAGUUAUUGAAAAGAUUACUCCUUCCGUAACAGAAGAAAAAGUUGUCAAUCAACGGAAGGUUGUUUCUUACGAAGAUGCUACAGAAAAUCAGGAAAAUCAAGUUACUGGAGAUGAAGAAACGGACAAAACUGAAUUGAAGUUUAUCAUCACCAUACAAGAGAGAAUAGUCCGUGAACAGACAGUCUCGAUCAUACCCGUGAUGGACAAGGACGCCAACACAAGAAGGAAUGGAAAAGUGGCGAAGAAACAGCUGAAAAGAAUAAUGAAGAAGGUGGCCCGCGCCGUCCGGGAAGAAUUAAGCAAGGAACACAAGACAGCGGGGGAGGGACAGUAGCAGGAGAAGCUGUAACCAGUGUGAGGGAACAGGCUGCCACUCUCCACCAAACCGACAGCCACCACCACCAAAAUGUCCCCUCAACACCCAGCUGCUUGCGAUGGGAUCCCUAAGAAAGUGUUCCAUAUUUUCUUGUCUUUUCUUAUCUAUCUAUCUUACUA